AUGGCCCGAGGGGCUCUGGGCCUCGAGGGCAGGGGCGAGCUAUCGAGGCUGGUUACAGGCGCGGCCGCGCGGAGCUGGGCCUCGCCGCGGCCCAGCCGCCGGCCCCCGGGCGCGGAGGUGUUCCUCGUGGGGCGCGCGCCGGCCGGCGGCGGCGCCCUGGGACUCCGCGGGGACGUGGACCUGGGGUACCGGCACGCGGCCCUGCGCGUGCUGAACCUGUGGCACUACCUCGCGACCCACCACUCGGGCAGCUGCUCGUGGUUCGCCAUGGCGGACGCCGACACGCUGCUCAACCUGUGGGCCGUCGGCGAGAGGCUGCGGAGGUACUUCCGCCCAUCGAGGAGGCACUACCUCGGCGUCCCCAAGGUGGCCCAGGGCCCCCAGACGCGGCUCCGCUUCGCCCAGAACGUGGCGGUCCUCAGCCGCGCGCUCCUCCGCGAGGCGGCGCCCUGGCUGCGCGCCUGCGCGGCCGAGCUGACCUCGCGCGGUUUGGGCCGCGGCCACGGCGACGUCGCGCUGGCGAGCUGCCUGCGCCGCCGCGGCGGCGUGCCCGUGCGCAGGCUCGGCGCGGGCUCCGAGGUGCCGCGGGAGCCGGGCGACGGGUACUGCUGGCAGGGCCAGUUCUCCUGGCUCUCGUGCUGCGACCCGAGCGUGUGGGGCCCCGCGGGCAACGGCCUGUGCUGGGACGCCUCCUUUGAGACUCUGAAGCCCCUCACGCUGGUGCUUGUUGAGAUGAGCUACGCCGUGCACCUCCGCAUCACGAGGCUCAACUAG